AACCAUUUCAGACCUCUCCUAAUAGAAACAGAUUUCCCUUUUGGUGCUUUGAGUUUGAUACAGACAUGACAGACUAUUGAGACUUCAAGAAGUAACACUUUAGUACUUCCUCAGCUUCUUAUUGGAUCAUGAAUAAAGAUGAGAUGUCAUUUCAGUUUGACAGCCCACAAGUGGUUAAAAACAAGUCAGAGCAGAUGGGCGGAGUGUAAGUCAGAGGAGGAGAAACAUUUCCAGUGAAAUGAAACAUAACAUAGUCACACUACAAAAGUUUGUAUCUGGGAAACACAGUUUAGUUUCAGUAGAAAGACUUAACAGGGCAGAAGGCUCCACCUAGGCAGGUAGCUUUCAGGAAACAAUCUCUACCAACUUCUCCUCUCCUCUAGAAAUGGCCACAGACAGCAGGUUCUUGUCUGAAGAUCAGUUCACAUGCUCCAUCUGUCUGGAUGUGUUCACUGAGCCUGUUUCUAUACCAUGUGGACACAACUUCUGCAAGGGGUGCAUCAGCCUGCACUGGGAAGGCAAAGAGCUGUGUAAGUGUCCCCUGUGCAACGAGAAGUUCAGCAAAGAACUCAAAGUUUGUGUCAACACAGCUUUCAGAGAUGUUGUGGAGAGCUUCAAGAAGAGACAGAGUGUGAUAUCUAAUAAUGAUACUCCAAUUAAACCAGGCCAGGUUGCAUGCGACUGCUGCCUUGAUAACAAGGUCAAGGCCUCUAAAAGUUGUUUGGUGUGCUUGACCUCCUUCUGUGAGACACACCUUGAACCUCAUCGUAAAGUGGCUGCCUUAAAGAGACACAAACUGACCCACCCCGUGCACAACCUGGAGGACAAAAUCUGCAAGGAGCACAACAGGAUUGUGGAGCUGUUCUGCAGGGACGAUCUGAUGAACAUUUGUGUCCAGUGCACAGAGCACAGUGAUCAUGAUAUAGUCCCUUUAGAGGAAGCAUGUGUCAAUAAGAUGGCUCAGGCGAGGAGGAAAAAAGUGAAAGAGCAGGAAGUUAAGCAGAAGCAUGGAAAGAAGGGCAAGAAGUCUAAAGUGCAGAACAGGAGGAACGACAAAGCAAGCAGCACGGUGUGUAGUCUAAAGCCAAAUAUUCAUUGUUGUUCAUGUUGUUCCACUGUGGACCCAAACCAGUGUGACAUAUACUCAGUACUUCCUGGACACAUAGGUUUUUCUGAGGGGAAAUUCUGCUAUGAGGUUGAGCUGUUAGAAGGCACCACCUACAUCCUAGGGAUCAUCAGAGAGUCUUUACAGGGGAAGCCAUUACACCCUAAUCCUCAGACUGGAAGCUGGUUAAUAAGCAUUGGGGACAAAUGUGACUGCAUGGCUCUACAUGACCAACCUCUGUCUUUUGUUUUGAAAAUAAAACCUAAAAUAGUCAUGGUGUGUGUAGAUUAUGAGAAGGGAUCAGUGUAUUUCUCUGACCGACACUCAGGGGACCCUAUCUACAGAUUUAUUGGCUGCAAAUUCAAUGAGAGAGUCUUUCUGUUCAGUGGUCCGGUGAUGAACUGGGUGCAGAGACUACGGAUGAAUGUUAAGAACAUGACACUGAAAGAUAUCUGUUUAUGUUUUCUCUUUUUGGCAUUUUAUCUGAUUAUUAUAACAGAAAAUGAAACAUCACAGCGUGUUUAAUAAAACAGAGUUGAAAAUAUGCUGAUCAAAUCUGAACAUAGGUACAAACUGAUCAUGGUAAGCAGCUGGAAUUUUUAACACUAUCAGUUUAACUUUGACUGGAGUGAGGGGGUGGUUUAGAGGGCUUAAGUCACAAAUACCUUCACAUAGGCCCUGAAUCUUUUGGCUUAUAAAAUGUAUAUUUCCAUGGACUGUUAUGAUGGAUGAAAACAUGGAUGCUGUUGAUGACAAUGUAAGUCUUGCUGUCAAACUGAAAAAUACAGAUUUUUUUUUUUUAACUCCUGAGAGCUUACAAUCACACUACACUAUAAGAUGUACUUUUAACAUUGUACUAAGUUUGUAUCAAUUUCUGCUCUUUCAUGAAUGUAUUCAUAUCUGAAACCUUUAUUUUGCUUUCUUUUCAUUUUUAAUGACCUAUCCAUGUUAUGUAACUUUAAAAAAAUAUCAGCUUCUGCCCUUCUUUGGAUGCAAAAGUGAAAAUAAUGAUUUUUUUUUUAAUUAUUAUUUUAUGACAUUAGGGCAUGUGAUACUGGUGAAGGCAUUUUGAAACCUUUUUCCCAAUUACUGUUUUCUCUUUGUCAUGAUGGGGUACUGAGUGUAGACUAAUGAGAAUAAAGGUGAUGUUUUUAUGACUGUAGCAUCAGGCUGCUACAUUAAAAAAAUGAAAAAAGUGAGAGGGGUGUGAAUGCUUCCUGAAUGCAUCUGAGAAUAGUCCUAAAUUCAGUAGGUGUUCAUGGGGCCCCAGGCAAUUGCCUACCUUUACCUAAUGCUGAAGUCUGCCUCUGCUUAUGAGUCUGCUUAUGAAAAAAAAAAAUGUAUCACUGAUGAUAAAUGAUUUUGACAUUUAAAAAGUUAAA